UGGCGGGCGGGGCUGCGCCGCCGCCUCCGGCCGGGCUGAGAAAGCUGGCGUAGCCGGCCUGGUCAGCGUGGAGGCGUCCGGACCGUGCAGCCCCAGCUCCCUGCCCCGGCGCACAGAGGGAGCUGCUCCUGGCUCUCGUCGGCCCCAGAAUGCAAUCUUCAUUGAGAAGUCAGAGUCUCAGGACCAAGAAGUGAAUGCUGCUCUCCCUCCACUACAUUCCAGUGUUGGAAAUACCAAGUAAGGAAUUAGUGUAUAUGAUGCUGGAAACCUGUAGAGAUGCACAGCUCAUGACUCAAAGGCCUAAAAUGGGCGUAUCUUCCAAGUUCUUAUCAGGAAAAUGACAGUGGAGAAGAUGACGGGCCAAGGUGGCCAGUGGGAAGCGCCCUAGGAGGGAGCCACAGAGAUGUACACUUCAGAAGAGAGGCGUGAUCAGAGAACUCAGAGAAGGACAGUGUAUCGUGUGCGCCCUCAGAAGGGUCAGAAGAUCUUCAUUCGUGUGCAUGAGAUUACUCAUAUAGAUGAUCACUUAUACCAGUGCCUUGAACGUGAGCAAAACUUCUGCGAAAACUUAGCUCUUAUUAUGUGUGAGAGAACCCACAGUGGAGAGAAACCUUAUCGAUGUGAUAUGUGUGAGAAAACCUUCAUCCAGCGCUCAGAUCUCAUUUCACACCAGAGGAUCCACAAUUAUGAGAAACCCUAUAAAUGUAGCAAAUGUGAGAAGAGCUUCUGGCACCACUUAGCCCUUUCAGGGCACCAGAGAACACACGCAGGUAAAAAAUUCUAUACGUGUGACAUUUGUGGCAAGAAUUUUGGACAGAGCUCUGAUCUGCUUGUCCACCAGCGAAGCCACACUGGCGAGAAACCGUACCUGUGCAGCGAGUGUGAUAAGUGCUUCAGUCGAAGUACGAACCUCAUUCGGCACCGAAGAACUCACACUGGCGAGAAACCAUUUAAGUGUCUGGAGUGUGAAAAAGCUUUUAGUGGGAAGUCGGAUCUCAUUAGCCACCAGAGAACUCACACUGGCGAAAGGCCCUACAAGUGUAACAAGUGUGAGAAGAGCUACCGACACCGCUCAGCCUUCAUUGUUCACAAGAGAGUCCACACCGGGGAGAAGCCCUACAAGUGCGGCGCCUGUGAGAAGUGCUUUGGCCAGAAGUCAGACCUCAUUGUCCACCAGAGGGUCCACACCGGGGAGAAGCCCUACAAGUGCUUGGAAUGUAUGAGAAGUUUCACUCGCAGUGCCAACCUAAUCAGGCACCAGGCCACUCACACGCACACUUUUAAAUGCCUUGAAUACGAGAAAAGUUUCAGCUGUGGCUCAGACCUUAUUGUGCAUCAAAGAAUUCACAUGGAAGAGAAGCCCCAUCAGUGGUCUGCCUGUGAGAGCGGCUUCCUCCUGGGCAUGGGCUUUGUUGCCCAGCCGAAAAUGAGAACUCAGACGGAGGAGCUGCGUUAUCCGUACAGUGUGUGUGACAAAGGCUUCCGCCAGAGUUCGGCCCUCCUGCAGCACCAGACCGUCCAUGGUGGCGAGAAGCCCUGUGUCUGUAACGCAGGGGAGAAGGGGCUUGAGCUCAGCCCUCCCCGUGCACCAGAAGCCUCACAAACGUCUUGGCCAGACAAGAAGUUAUAACACCUUAAAAAAAAAAACACUUAUGAGUCAGAGAACUCAUUAAAAUGAGGAACUCUAGGCAAAGCUUAGGUUUUUCUAAGAGCUCAGACUUCAGUGGGGACCAGAGAGACUGCGAUUACAGGAAGUUGGGAAGUGGUUUGCCCAGAGAGCUGCCCUAAUAGAAUCCUACCGGUCACUCCAACAAGCAACCUUCCAAGGCCCUGAGGCUUGGAAAACCUUUAGUCUGAGCUCUGAUCUGGUCACUCACAGGGGACUCGUACCAGUGGGAAACCUUGCAGAUGCCGAGACGGGGAGAGCCUCCAGGCCACGCUCCCUCCCCUCCCUCCGAGGGAGUUCUCACCAGAGGACAAUGCCCUUGGUGUGCACAGCUCGCUGACGUCAGAGAGCCCACACUCGGGAGAAACCCCAGCAAGUGUGGUGAAAGCUUCCAAAGGAACUGUGACUUUCCUCACCAUCAGAAAAGCCAUAUCGGUGACAAUUUAGGUAUUUCUCUUGAGUGUGGCAAAGCACUAGAUGGAGAGCCUUCUUGGGUUUGCAUCAACAACAACAAAACCGAUCUGAGAAGAGACCUUAUGAAGUCUGAGGGAGAAAAGCUGCCAGCCAUCAGCUCCUUUGGUUGGCACACGAGGGAACCCACACGGGUGAAAACCCCCAUAAAUAUCUUGAGUCUGAAAAAAGCCUUGUUAGAAACCUGCACCUCUGGGCCCCAAAGAACCUACUCUGCGGAGAAUCGUGCUCUAGCGCGAGAUCUAGUCGGGGGUGGUGUACAUAUAGUAGGUAUGAGAAUAGCCAUGUUCCCAGUUAGCUGACCCGUGUGUAGAGGUGACUUUCAUGGAGUCCAUACCUGGACGGUUCUUAGAUGCCCAGAAGCUCGUUGUGGGAGGAGCUCGGGCAGAUCAGAGCAGGCCUGAUGGGAAACUCAGGUAAAGAUCCUUUUCUUUUAUCUCAACCACUUCAUUAUGAUCGCUUUACUUUCUCUUUUUAAAGUGUGGAAAUCCAAUAAAGGAAAGGACUGUGCCCUGUGACAGACGGUGUGGCAUGUGUUACUGUGGGGGACAGCAGAAGACUGACUUUGCCUUGUGGUGGUUACUAUUUUUUAAAAAAUUCUUGGCCAGAUUGGGGACUGGUUUUGACAGUCGCUUGGGGAACUUGCUGGAAGUGGAAACCACCAGGCAGGUGGGGAGCUGCUCUCCUGGGUCAGGACUCCCAGAAGCUCACCCUUUGCAGGGCCAACCUCACACACAGGCGGGACACUUGGCGUUUCACACUUGGUGUGAGUGGGGGCGAACCCUCAAAGGUUUCCUUUCCCGAGAAUGUCUGAGUAUCACUGGUGUUUGAAAUUUCUGCUUUAGAGAUUCAUCUCUUUUCAACUCGGAAACUCCAGUUUGAGGAGCAGUUAUGGUGUUGCUAGUAUCCACAUCUUUGUGGCUUCGUGUGCCGCCCCUCCCGGUGCUAACACCUCCUUAGCAGCUCCGUGCAGAAUGGCAACGGGAGGGCUGCCAGGAUGUCCGGCCUGUGCAGGCAGGUGACACCUGGUGACGUUUUGUCAGUGGAGCAGCUGUGUUUCUGGUUUUGAGGUUCCUGCCUCCAAAGCCAGUGUUCUUUUCUCUCCAUUAUCCUGCUGUUUGAUUCAGUCCCGUAAUGAUAUACCUUUCAUUUGUUUCAGUUCUGCCAAGAAAGGAGAGACUACUUUUUAUUCCCAGGGAAAGGAUUGCAAUCACUACAAUAUAAGGUAUUUAUUUGGCUUGGAAUGUAGGAUUUUAAACGCUAGAAGGGAAAAGUAGUUGCCAAAUUUAUCAGAGGUUUAGGGAUUAGCACUUAUUUCUAGUUUAACAGAAUAACUAUUAUAUUCAACAUUCUCUAGAAGUACUAUAAUCCAGGGAUCUAUAAAUGAACAGUUCUGAGGGGAUUUUUCCCCUCAAAAGAGAUGUAAUAAAAAUACUUAAGAUUCCUGCAGUAUUUGGGACUCUAGACUGGUGAAUAAAUAUUUUGUUGCUAGUCUGCGUCUGACAAAUCUAGUUGAUCUCAGCAAACCCUUGAACUCCAGGAGCACUGACCUUGGACCACAGAGGUGGCCAGCGGCUGCUCUGUGUGUGGCUCUGAUCUCUGAUCCUGAUGGCUGGCUGGUGACCUUGAUAAUCUUGGGGUCACAGGGCAGCUCGAAGUGAUAGGAAGGAAUCUAGUUCCAGGGUGUUUUUCUUUUAGCAAACAGGUCCUGGAAGGUUAUUCACUCUGGUAUGUUUUAGUAUUAUUUCCGUAAAUAGCUCUUCUACCAUGAACAGUUGCCCAGUGUGGUAAAACACACAAGAUGUAUUUGUUUUUCUUUGGUGCCUAUCGCUAGUGUGUGUUUGAUCACUGUAACACUAAAAUAGUAUGGGUGUAUGGCAUGGCAGCAACGAAAAUUAGUCCUGUGGCUGCUUGCUAGUCAUUAGAACCUGCAGAAGGGGACAGAGGUGGCCUCACGGCAGGGUAACGACCCUUCUUCUGGCUCAUCUCACUGGCAACUAGCUGUAUCUAGUCUUUAAGUAAAUUAAGGAUGGACCAUCCCCCAAGCAGAACUUUGUGGGUUUGAAACAGGUCCAGGGUCUUUUAACCGUGGGCAAGAGGUGUGGGUACUGUUCACGCAGCGUAGCCUGAGGCUGGGGAGGACCGCCUGGGGGCCUGUAACCGGCACUAGAAGGCAACUUCUGGGAUGGUUGGAGGUUCUCUUGAAACAGUGCCAACCUAGAUCUACCUCAGGUAAGUAGUUAGGGUCACUUUCAAGAUUUCAGACCAAACGAGACAGUUGUAUUCAGUGUAUUCCUAUGCUUUAAUGUUUUGUUUGCCCUUAAUUCUUAAAUAAACACUUGUUCUGAAAAA